AUGGACAAGACGGAUCAUGUCUUUGAAAGUCCAAAGGGGAAGACCCAAAGGAAGCCCAGUAAGAACUCUAUGAAGAAAGCUGGCGCCACGGCCAAGAAGGGACCGGAGCGGGAUGUCAAGCAUGGUGUGAGAAAAACUGGAGGCGGAGCGGGAAAGGUGGUUAGUAACAAGAAGUUUGCAUGCAUAGGAGGAGGAGGCAAGAAGGCGGCCACAACCACAAGAGAAGGUGGCACGAAGAAGAAGGAGGUAACCUAUACUAGUGAUGGCUUCCCCCGGAAUGAGUCCGAGUAUGAACCCAUGGAAGGCAAAUACGUGUAUAGGCCACCGGGUUACCCGGCCGAGACCAAAAACAUGGAGGGUCUUUCAGUUCUCCACUGCACCAUGUGCCACCUGAAGCCAUGUAUAGCAACAGCACUAGACAGCAAGAUUUGGGACCUCUGUCACCAGCAUAUUGCGCACGCAGAAUGGGAAGACCGAUGCCUUUGCAGUGAAAGUGGUUACGAAGAUGUUCAGAGGGAGCAUUGCAUACUGUUCAUGAAGAGAUACCGUAUCAACAACAGAAAGAAAAUCAAUAGCACAAGUAAAACAUCAACCAUGCAAUGUAACGUGUACAAAUAA